ACAGACACCAACACAACAUUGAGAACUCAAUUCGCAACCAGCACCAUGCCACUUCAAUACAACAAAGUGCUCGUUAUCGGAGCUACGUCAGGAAUUGGUCUUGCUUAUGCAGAGAAAGUGGUCGAGGAAGGAAAGGCGGUGGUCAUUGUCGGGAGGAGAAAAGAAAACCUCGACGAAUUUGUAAAGAAACAUGGACAAGACAAGGCCGAUGCAUUCGUCUUCGAUAUCUCCAAAAUCACAAAGAUACCCGAGUUUGUGCGCAGCGUCACCGCAAAGCAUCCAGACGUGGACGCUGUGAUAAUCAACUCGGGGAUACAGCGUGGGUUCGACUUCACCAAACCUGAGACGGUGGACCUGUCGUUGUUCGACCUCGAGUUCCAAACCAACUACACGGCGUACAUUCACCUGACGAGAGCUUUCCUGCCGCACUUGCAGAAGCAAGACAAGGAAACUGCCUUGGUCUAUACAUCAUCAGGGCUUGCUCUUGUCCCACUUCUUCGCUGCCCCGGAUACUCGGCCACCAAGGCCGCUCUACACCAUUUCAUUCUCGCGCUGCGAGAGCAGCUGAAGAGAGGGGAUUCCAAAGUCAAGAUUGUGGAGAUUUACCCACCAGCAGUACAGACCGAGUUGCACGACGAGAAGCACCAACCCGAUAUCAAGCACGGGCAUUCAUUUGGGAUGCCUCUGGCCGAGUUCACGGAGGAUUCGUGGGCCAGAUUUGUAAAGGGGGACGAACAAGUGCCUGUUGGGUUCGUAGAGAAGGCAUUUGAGACGUUUGAGAAUAAGCGACAGGAGGUUUUCCACAAAAUGAACAAGCUAUGAGAGAGAUGUCGAUGGAUCAAUGUCUAAGACGGACAGUGGGAUCAGAUGGUAGGAUGGUAGACCUGCUGACUAAAGCAAGACCGGUCCGGCAGCAGCACAGCCCCGUUCGAGAUAGACGACCCUGAAGGAUGCUGGACGGGGAAAGAACAGCGUGUUGACAGCAACAAUCAAUGUAAUAACUCUGCAUGUAACCAAAAAAAUGCCUUGAUGUGCGAGAUU